CGGCACCGCAAAGGGGAGUUAAAAACAAGAGGAUAGCUCAAAGAAACGAAAACAAAAACGGUUUCGACGAUGGAGUCUUAUGAUAUCAUUACGAACCAGCCCGUGGUUAUCGACAAUAUUUCCAGCCUCUCCGAACUUCUAGAUUUUUCAAAAGUUUGAUGUGUGGCUUUUUGGUGCCAAAUACAAAUGCAGAAAUAGCAACUGAAGACACUAAUUCAAUACAGUGAUCAGGGUUCAGGAGUUGUCAAAGCUGGAUUUGCUGGUGAUCAGAUCCCCAAAUACUGUUUCCCAAAUUAUGUGGGACGACCGAAGCAUGUUCGAGUAAUGGCCGGAGCAUUAGAAGGUGAUUUAUUCAUUGGACCUAAAGCUGAGGAGCACCGAGGUUUGCUCUCGAUCCGCUAUCCCAUGGAACAUGGCAUUGUGCAAGACUGGAAUGAUAUGGAAAGAAUUUGGCAAUAUGUUUAUGGCAAGGACCAACUGCAGACCUUCUCUGAGGAACAUCCAGUGCUCCUCACAGAAGCUCCUUUAAAUCCAAGCAAAAACAGAGAGAGGGCAGCGGAGGUGUUUUUUGAGUCAUUCAAUGUUCCUGCACUUUUCAUCUCAAUGCAAGCUGUUCUGAGUCUUUACGCAACAGGCCGGACUACAGGCGUCGUGCUUGAUGCUGGGGAUGGUGUGACCCAUGCGGUCCCAAUCUAUGAAGGUUUUGCCAUGCCACAUUCUAUUAUGAGGGUGGAUGUUGCAGGCAGGGAUGUAUCCCGCUACCUGCGCCUGCUCCUAAGGAAAGAAGGAUAUGACUUCCAUACAACUGCAGAGUUUGAGGUUGUUAAGACAAUUAAGGAGCGGGCCUGUUACCUUUCCAUAAAUCCACAGAAAGAUGAGACGCUGGAGACUGAGAAAGCACAGUACACUCUGCCUGAUGGGAGCACUUUAGAGGUGGGACCUGCCCGAUUCCGAGCUCCUGAGUUGCUUUUCAAACCUGACCUAAUCGGAGAUGAGAGUGAAGGGAUACAUGAAGUGCUGGCGUUUGCUAUUCAAAAGUCAGACAUGGACCUUCGCAGGACUUUAUUCUGCAAUAUAGUUCUGUCUGGAGGUUCCACCCUGUUCAAAGGUUUUGGUGACCGGUUACUCAGUGAGGUUAAGAAAUUGGCACCGAAAGAUGUGAAAAUAAAGAUCUCUGCACCACAAGAGAGGUUGUACUCCACAUGGAUAGGUGGAUCUAUUCUCGCUUCCUUAGACACAUUUAAGAGAAUGUGGGUAUCAAAGAAAGAGUAUGAGGAGGAUGGAGCACGUGCAAUCCACCGGAAGACGUUUUAACGUUGCAGGAACUGUAUGAAGUUGGCGUGCUGCUGCGUAAGCUUCAUCUCCAGUCUGUACAACAUAACCAUGCAGAAUGAGUAAUGAACAAGUAAUACGAGAAUUUUUUGAUGUAUACAAAGAAAGGGUUUGGACACCACUUACAAAAACAAACUUGCUGUGUGCAUCCCCUUCAGGAUUUGUGGAUAUUGAAUCAUACGUUUCGAUUUCAGUAGUGGGGAAGAAUUUUAGGCCAAUGUCUGGCUCUGGUUUCAACCUUGCUAUUUAACACAGGAUGUUAUCUGCACUUGUUGAAUGAAGGAAAUUAUGGAAUUUCAUGUGUCUACUCCACCACCGCCACCCCCACCUUCCCCCCCUGCCCCAACCCUCUCCAGCCACUUUUACUUUGUAAAUCACAGGGGGCAUCAGUAGUUUACUGUUAGGAAGGUCUUAAGAAGCUGGUCUGGGAGUCUUAAGUAGGAAAUGGAAAGCUACCAAAAGCAGAGGUUCAGUGUCCAUGGGUAUUCUUUUCAACAGUCAAGUCUCUGCUAAAUGUUUUGCGAUUUCUUUCUCUGGUGAUUCAGCUGCAAAUGUUAAUUGCUGUGAACAGAAAAUGGUUAACACGUUAAACACAGGAACAAGCACUUUACUUGCAGUGGUUGGGGAGGGAAGAAGAUGGCUAUCUUGGGACUAUUUGACAAUAGUCACAGAUUUAGUCAUGCACUGAAUAAAGUUAUUGAAGGAUUAUUUAAUAAUUGGUAAUCAUUCUUCCUAUCACAGUGUAAAUAAUUGUUUGGCUUCCUGGUAAAAAUAAAUAAUUUUGAAUAUUUCUCAUCUUCUCACCACCCCCAAUUCUUAGCCAAGUUGUUUUAGGAAUUUAUUCCCCAUUGUGUACUAACUAUUCUUCACAAGGAAGAGGAAACCAUUUUGUUUCCAGUUAGGAAAUUUUAAAACUAACUGACCUAUUCCUCAUAAACCAGGCUUCUUUUGAUUACGGCUUCAAUAGUUAAUUAGCCACUGUAAAUUCAAAACAUACUUUGAGAUCUGCAUAUGAUAGAAAGGCUGAUUAUAGUAAAAUUCUUGCUGGAGGUUAGUUCUGCUGUUUGAGAGCUUUGGUUGGGCGUGAUUCUGUUCCGAACAUAUUUGGGAAGCAGUAUUGCACUGACAUCUAAUAGGCUUGGACUUAAAUCUGCAACAUUUAUAAUGUGGUCCCAUUUCCCCUUCACUGUUGCCCUUGACCAGCUCGUUGCGCCAGGGAACUUAGGAUCGCUGGAACAGGAGAAGGCCAUUCAGCCCUUUGAGCCUGUCCCAUUGACGGAGAAGGGAUUGAACAUGUAAAAGCACAGUGUGGACAAAAAGCAAAGCCCGUCAAAGAAAGAGAUGCGAUGGUGUGGUGGGGGAACGCGGGUGGAAAUGUGACAAAAAAUUUUUCUUAGUCUUUGAGUCUUUCUGAUCAGUAAUUCACUAUCAUGUUAUGACUGAGAUGGGUGGAAAUGGGGAUAAUGGAACUAUGCCAGUAGAAUUUACUUGAGCGUGUGAGGGCAAGAAAUUGGGAGGAUUACUGUGUUAGAGCAAGGAAAUAAGUCUGACUGGAUUGCUGUAAAUAUAUGGAACCUCUGCCUGAAUGCCCUCCUUUGCGCUGUAGUGACUAUGACUCCAUGAUUUGGAUAUCUUCCGUGGUGCUGGGAAGGCUGAGCUAAUAGACGCUCCAUUGCAAGCUGAUGGAUCUUGUUUAAAAUAUAUGCUACAAAGGCAAAAACAGACUACUGCAAAUGCUGUAGAUAGAGUCAUUCAGCAUGGAAACAGACCCUUCAGUCCAACCAGUUCAUGCUGACCAUAAUCCCAAACUAAAUGAGCCCUUCCUGCCUGCAGUAGGCCCAUAUCCCUCCAAACAUUUCCUAGUGAUGUACUGAGCCAACUGUCUCUUAAAUGUUGUCACCGUACCCGCAUCCACCACUUUUCUCCAGCAGUUCAUUCCAUAUAUGAUCCACCCUGUCCACCCUAUGUAAAAGAUAUGCCCAGCCUGUCCUUUUUAAGUCUUUCUCCUCUCAUCUCAAAAAUAUGCCCGAGUCUUGAAAUCUCCCACCCUAGACGAAAAUAAAACUGCCGUUGACCUGAUCUAUACCCUCUUGAUUUUCUACAUCCAACCUCCUAAAAUCUCAGCCUAUCCAGCCACUCCUUAGAAGUCAAAUUCUCCAUUUCCAGCAACAUCCUCAUAAAUCUCUUAUGAACCCACUACAGCUGAAAUACAAAUAAUAAUAAACCUUAGCAAUAGGAUCUGAAAUAGAACAGGAAAAAAAUCAACUACUAUCUUACAAGAAAAUCAGAGUUAACUUUGGGGGUCGGCCUUCUGUAAGAAAUAUCAGUGUUUGGAUACAUGACAGGCUUGAAGUUUGUGCAGAGGAAGGAUAAAUCUAGGGAUGAGGAUGGUUAGCAGAGAAGUUAAGGGAAGCUGCGAUGUAGUAGAAAGUAAGGAGAUGAAAUAAUGAAAAGGUUUGAUGUUAAAAAUAUUUGGAAUAUGACACACUAAAUAAAAGGUGUGUAUUAGGAAUUGUAAAUAGCAAUGAUACAUCAUUCCCUCCUGUUACUGCCAGGAAAAUUGGGAGCAGGAGUUAAGACUUCAAUUGUCAAAUAAGUUUCAAUGAUUGUGGAGUCCUGAAGCAUUGACCUUGAUUGGAACAAUGUAGUAGGCGACCAAUCCCAUGUUGGGUGACCACUUCACAGAACACUUGUGUUCCAUCUGCAAGCAUGACCCUAUUCUUCCGGUUCCAUGCUAAUUUGAUUCACUAACCCACUCGACUGUUUGUCCUUGGCCAGUGACGUUGUUCUACUGGAGAUCGAUGUGUUAUCCUCAAGCUCACAUCAUCUUCUCGUUAGGUAGGCUUCUAAAGUCAUUUAAUUCAUCAAAUUCAGAUCAUAACCUCUGUCUUCCAGCUUUUUGGGCGCAGGGUGUUCUUGAUGAUUUUGCUAUUUCUGUUGACAUUUUGCCUUAUAUUUCUUCAGUUAUCCCAAUACUAUCUCCAUAUGGCUUGAACUAAUCAUUUUGUCUUGUCUGCCUGCUGUCGUAUUCUAGAUCUUCCCCUUUGCUGUUAAUCUGCAAUACCAUCCUCUCCAUCUACCCUUCUUGUACUUCUGCUGUGGCUUCAAACCAGUUACAUCUCAAAUUGUCCUUGUGCUGAAAUCUUUUACUCUUUCUGUCUCCAGCAGCGAUGACUGACCUGAUGAGUUUUUCCAGCAAUUUUUUCCCUUCACUAUAAAGAUGUAAUGCUGCAAGUUUUUCUGUUCUUGGUAAAGCCCCACAUUGCAUGACUGCAAUAGAACGUACAAUGGUAUUGUCAAGGGAUCAUAUAAUAAAGAGUUUGGGAUUUUGAAUUUCAACCAGAAUAUUAAUAAUUAGCCCUACCUGAUGCUUGCAAUACAGGAAACAGUCACAAGCUACUUGACUAAUUAAAUCAAGUUUGACCCAAAGGAAAUGUUCUUGCAAUAUUGAACCCCAUGAUUCUCUUGCGGCCUUUAUAUUGCUGUUCUGCCUCCUAUAAUAAGUAGUGGGUGUAUUUAUUUGAAUGAAAGUUUGCCUUUUAAGAAAAUCUUGGGCUGUUUAUUGGGAGUCUCCCAUGUUAGCUGCCAUUCCUCAGUUGAUCAUUUGUCAUCAGGGGUCACUGGUGCCCUCAGCUGGCCCUUUGAAGGUUCCCUCACAAGAAGGUCACUAUCUUUGUGCCAGCCACAUAACUGCAGUGCUGUGGCUGAGCAGCAGUCUGAAGCAUGAAUUGCUGCAAGAUGGGAGCAGCAGACAAUGAGAUGGUGUAAGCGCAGUGGUUGUGCCAGUUUCUACAUUUUGCACCAAUCUUAGUUAUAAAGCUGAAGAUUACAUAUUGAAUAAAUAUUGGCACAUAGCCUCUUCACUUCAGUCAAUACGAUGGUGCUGACUGAGUUGUUCUCCUGAGGCUUAAAUUUUACAGUAUACUUGCACCUCAAAAAAAAUUCAGUGGAUGGUGAUUGCAUUUCCUUCCAGUUCUUGACCCAGUGACUCUAGGGAACACUAGAGUGACCCUCUUUACUUCAGCUUUUAGCUUCAAUCUUCUCUUUGUUUUCCUGUCUCACACCUCCACUCAAACUGGCUCAUGAGAGUCUGCUGGGUUGGGAGUGAAAGCAAAGUAUUCACACUGGCACUGUCCAUUGUGCUAUAUAGAAAUGAAUAUGUCAAAUCUACAAAGUUGGUCUCAGCUGGUAUUUGAAGGAGGUAUGUCAGUAAGGCUGCACCAGUCUUUGGGAUGGAUAUGGGAAAAUUCUGCAAAGGUUCAAAUAGCCUACUCACUGUGAUCACCAUCACCACAACCCUCUGAGCUUUGGGCAGAGAACAGAGUUGGUUGUGUUGCUUUCUGAAGGACCUGAUGAUAUUUGAUGCCCAAACUUAGAGAAGGAGAGUGGGCUGUUGGCUAGGCAUCACAAGAUCACAUUUUGAGCAUGAAUUGUCUGUUGAGCAUGAAUUUAGGAAAAGUAAUGUGAAAGUCGCACUGAAAACCUUACUUUUUAUUUUCAAAAGUGAUCUGUUUCAAUGAACAAUUCUGGUUCUUAUCAUUUUGCCUCCCUCCAAGCAUUUCAAAAGAUAUCAGUACUGCAGUGCCUUUAAUCUUGUUUGAAGAGUUGUGGAAAAUCUGAGAAUAAAGUUGGCACCAGUAAGACUUACCUCACAUGUAUUUAAAGUAAUAUAAAUAAAAAAAGCAUUUAAUGUGG